AUGGCUCAGUCCUACUCCCCAGCACAGUUUCCUCCUCCCCCACAGAAUGGAAUCCCUGGAGACUUCACUACACCCCAUGCCCUUCCCACACAGGAUUAUACAGGACAGAGCCGAGUACCUGAACACACCCUGACUAUCUACACGCCCACACAGACACACAGUGACCCUGCAAACAGUGACAGCAACACAACUACCAUUACCACCAACACAGUCCCGCGAACAGAUGACGUGACGCAAACAGAGACGCUGCCAACCUCAGACUCGCCGGAGAAACAGCAGCCCAAGCGGCUCCAUGUCUCCAACAUCCCCUUCCGCUUCCGUGACCCUGACCUCAGACAGAUGUUUGGGCAAUUUGGGAAGAUUUUAGACGUGGAGAUCAUUUUUAACGAACGGGGAUCUAAGGGCUUCGGUUUUGUAACUUUUGAAACAAGCACAGACGCAGACCGAGCACGGGAGAAACUAAACGGUACAAUCGUAGAGGGACGCAAGAUCGAGGUGAACAAUGCGACAGCGAGAGUGAUGACGAAUAAGAAGGCAGUGAAUCCUUACACAAAUGGCUGGAAGCUGAAUCCUGUGGUGGGAGCCGUUUAUGCACCUGAACUUUAUGCAGUAACAGGUUUUCCCUAUGCAGCCACAGGGGCAGCAGUCGCGUACAGAGGCGCUAAUCUGAGAGGAAGAGGACGAGCUGUUUAUAACACAUUCCGCACAGCUCCACCUCCUCCACCCAUCCCUGCCUACGGAGCUGUUGUUUAUCAGGAUGGAUUCUACGGUGCUGAGAUCUAUGGAGGCUAUGCAGCAUACAGAUAUGCCCAGCCUGCCACAGCUACUGCAUACAGUGACAGCUAUGGGAGAGUCUAUGCAACAGCAGAUCCCUACACUCACACGAUCAGCCCGGCUGCUACGUACAGCAUCGGCACGAUGGCUAGCCUCUGCCGAGGAGCGUACAGUCGCUUCACGCCCUACUAA